CAAAAUGGAAGUGCAAUAGUGGUCAAAUAUAUAUUUCGAGAACUAAUCAUUGGAUGAUGAUCUGUGGGCUGAAUUCAAAUGCUGUUAACUUUGGCAGUGAUGGGGGAAAAGGAAGUUGGGUCUCAUAAGGCUUAGGUUGCAGAAAAAUCUUUUGGGGAGGGAGUGGAGUGCAUGUGUGCCAUGUGCAGGGGGUGAUGCUGUUGAUUGGCACCUAUCAGACGUUGAUGAUGUCAGGGUUGGAUGCACGGAAUGAUAAAUAAUUCCGAUGGAUGGUGUGGGGAGGAAGGGGGGGAAGGAGGUGGGAAAUGGGAAGAAAGAAAGAUGUGAGAAGCAGUGGUGGAGCUGAGGUAAGAAGUAGAACAUGCUAACACCCUUUUUGUGCAAACAGCCAUUUUCCUUUGUUAAAGCUGACGAUACCCCUCUACCCAUGCUGUUGUGUAUUGUGGCUGGCUGCUUUCUCCCUUCAAUUUUUUUUUUAUUUUUUUUUAUUUUCUGUUUCUUUGAUUUCUCUUUUGGUUUUCCGGACGUGGCUGUUCUUCCACCUUCGCCUCUCUCCUCCCCUCUCUAUUCUAAACAAUUAUGGACAGAAAUGACUCUAGCAUCUACCCUUUGGGGAUGACUGAUUAGAAUUGAAAUUAGUUCUAGUAUAGUGACACUUUUUCUCUAGCAUAAAGUGAAAACGGAAUCAGGGAAAUCAUGCUGUUGUAAAUGAGCUCAAUGUAAUGAUUAUGUUGAAAAAGGGAUGUGUUGUAUGCAUGAAAGUAUUAGGGUCAGGUUAAGGGGCCCUGCCUGCUGGUUCAACCAUGUCUUCUAGCAUAAGGGAGGGGCAUAUUCCCAACCAUUUUGCAGAUGAGUUUCUGUUAAAUCUGGCUUGUCCUUAUGUGAUAAAUGGAGCAUUUUACACGAGAGAACUACUCUUUUCUGCAGAAACAAACACUAACUUCAUGACCACCUCUCAAUCUUCAUUCCAUUUCCAAUUCCCAACUCAAAACCAGAAAAAGGGCUAAGCCCCAUCUCCCCUUUCUUCACCGAGAAGCUCCCAUCAACUCUCAAUUCACUUAUUAAUGAAAGUCAAGAUUGGGUGUGGGUAAGCGAACACCGGCAGGUGGCAGUGUGUUAGGAGUGGCACAAAACAACAAAUAGCAGCAGUCCCAACGUGCGGCGUUCGGCGGAGAAAUUAAAAAUUUAAGCCCUCUUAUCAAACUCAUAGACUAAAGUAUUACAAUAUUUAAAAAAUAAAAUAAAAAGAAAAGGGGAGGGAGAAGGAAGUAAUAUUUUUGAAGAUGAAUGUGAGUCAUGUAAGCUUGGUCUAACACAAUAAAGAAAAAAAAACAGAGGCAUAAUGCAUAAAAACCAUUAAAAAAAUGUCCCCUUAGAACCCUACACACAGACCUUCCAUGUCCCCCAUUGAGACCCCUUAUAAGACCCCUUUAUGUCCCUCAACUCUAAAGCCCCUCUCCCUCCACUCUAGACAAUAGACAUCUCCUUACCCACCCCCAUCCCCACCCCCCUCAUACUCCAAUUGCACCGUUUCCUAGUCUGCUCGUGUGCUUCCCUCCCCCCCUUUUAUUUUCAUUAUAGCUCGCUGUCUUCCCUCAAUCUCUCAAACCCCCUCUCUCUCUCUCUCUCUCUUUUUUCUUUAUUUAUCAUGGCCUCUGCAAGUGGCUCCCCUUGUGGUGCAUGCAAGUUCCUGCGGAGGAAGUGUGCAGCUGACUGCGUUUUUGCGCCUUAUUUCUGCUCGGAGCAAGGCCCGGCUCGGUUUGCCGCAAUUCACAAGGUGUUUGGUGCCAGCAAUGUGUCCAAGCUGUUGUUGCAUGUGCCGGUGGCUGAUCGCUGUGAGGCCGUCGUCACCAUCGCUUAUGAAGCUCAAGCCCGGAUUAGAGAUCCCGUCUAUGGCUGCGUCGCCCACAUCUUCGCCUUGCAGCAGCAGGUAGCAUGCUUGCAAGCUCAGCUGAUGCAGCUGAAGGCUCAACUGGCCAACAACACGGGGAAUUUAGAGAAUCAAUGGCAGGGAAAUGUUUCAGGAGCGCCUUCCUUUCAGAAUUUUCCAGGUUACAUGAACUCAGUAUCGCCGCAGUGCUCACUGGAAUUGAUUGAUCACAACAGUGAUGGAAUGACAAUGCAAGAUAUCCAAAGUAGAGAUGAAUUUUCAUUCCAAACUUGCUCUAGGAAAAGGCCACCCCACAAUGACCUGGGUGAGCUUCAAGAACUGGCCCUCAGAAUGAUGAGAAACUGAUGGUCUUCUUCCUCAUGUUCCUCCUUUCUUUUUCUCAUCUCUUUAGAUGAAUUUGGUCCAUGCCCAAAUGGUAUAUGUAAAUAGAGAGAGUAUCUGGGAAACUUUAGUCUAAUUUUCUAAGCCCAUGUUAGGCAUUUUCCCUUCGUUUCAA